GAACUAUGUUCAUUUUUUAAAGCUCUACACCCACUUUAACCACAAAAAAGGUAUUUAAAGCAUAACUUGUCUUGUUCUGCUUCAUCUUCACUCCAUCUCAAUGGACAACAUUGGUGAUGAAUAUAAAAAUUAUUGGGAAACAACUAUGUUUUUACAAUCAGAAGAGCUCGAUAGCUAUUUCGAUGAGCCAAUUUCAUCGUAUUAUGAUUCAAGUUCACCGGAUGGGUCACAAUCAUCGAUGGCAUCGAAGAACAUUGUAUCAGAGAGGAAUAGGAGGAAGAAAUUGAAUGAAAGGUUAUUUGCACUUAGAGCUGUGGUCCCAAACAUAAGCAAGAUGGAUAAAGCUUCAAUAAUCAAAGAUGCAAUUGAUUAUAUUGAAGAAUUACAUAAUCAAGAGAGAAGAAUUCGAGGAGAAAUUUCAGAGCUUGAAUCUGGAAGAUCAUCGUCAAAGAAGAAUAGUAACGAUGUUGAAUUUGAACAAGAUGAAAGUUUCGAUUCAAAGCCUAAAAGAUCGAGAAGAUUUGAGAUGCAAUAUGGAUAUGAUUCUUCAGGAUCAACUACUAGAUCACCACCAUCUUCUUCCCCUGUUGAUGUUCUUGAGUUGAGGGUAUCUUCAAUGGGAGAAAAGACAGUUGUGGUGAGUCUUACUUGCAGCAAAAGAACAGACACAAUGGUUAAAGUUUGUGAAGUGUUUGAAUCUUUGAAUAUCAAAAUAAUUAGUGCAAAUAUCACUGCUUUCUCUGGGAGGCUUCUCAAGACAGCUUUCAUUGAGGCUGAUGAAGAAGAGAGGGAUCUUUUGAAGUUGAGGAUUGAAACAGCUAUAGCUUCUCUAAACGAUCCCGAUAGCCCGAUGAGUUCUUAGAACAACGAUAUCUUGGAUUUUAACUAUGUUUCGCCUUCAUGUAAUGAGCAUGUAGUUAUUUGAAGAGUGUUUUUUUCCGCGUUAUUUCUACCUCAUUCUUCUUCUUAAAAUUUGGUCAUCUUUGACUGGUUAUUUAUGUAGUUUGUAGUUGGUGUUUUUCACAAGAAAUCUAAGUCAAUGAAAGUCUACUUUCAUAUCCUUUUGUAA